CUCAUACAGUAAGUACCCCAGCUCAUCUGCAACCACGCAGUACCUCGUCGGAUCUAUUUCUUUCAUGAGGCUAGCCAUGGAACUUACAAUCGCUGAUAUUAACUUUGUCCAUGUUCUUCAAGAAUCCGACUAUUCUUCGAUUUUCCAAGUGACCGUGCAAGAUAAGCUGUAUGUCCUCAAGGUGUACCACACACUGGAGAGAUCGCCUGCUGAUCCCACACACCGGGAAAUCCAACCAUUCAUCUGUGAAAGCACUGCAUAUGCUCGCCUCAAACAGCACGGGUUAUGUCAACUAGGAGUGGUACCAGACUUUCAUGGCGUGAUAAAACAGAUCGAGCCAAGAUCAUGCCAACCUUUUCUGGACCGGUUCCUGAAGGAUAAAUCACUGCCCAACGCCAUUCUUAUUGAAUAUAUUCCAGAUAUGGAAAAAAUCACCUUUUCAAAUUUUUCAAUCUCCCGCGCUAUUAAGUUUCGUACGAUCCUGGAAAGUAUUCAUAAAGCAGGCGUUUACCACGGCGAUCUCUGGCCUCGAAAUCUGAUGGUUCAAAGCCGCACAGAAAGGGUUAUAUGGAUCGAUUUUGAUCGCGCACAAACGUUCCCGGAGAAUCAGACUAUUUCUGAACGGCAAGCAGAGUGGUUGAGGGACGAAAAAGAAUUGCUCGAUGAGUUACUUGACGAAUUGGAACAAGAUUGGAAGGACGGCAAAUUAUCUCGCGCUUGGCCUUGGUAUUAUGUCUAUGGAUGAACCGUUUUAGAAUUAUGAUGGGAUUGGGCGCGGUAAGGUGUCAGGGAUUGGUUUUUUGUUGCAUUUAUGUGUACAGGUACUUGGGACGAACUGUAAGAUAGAAAAAUUGAGGAUAUGAAUCAUAGCUGUAG